UUGUGGUGAUGUGUUGUUCAGGUACGUUAUGCUACUUGGGAAUAAAGUAAAAGGACAUUACGAAAUAUCACAAAUAAAUAAAUAAAUGCAAAAGUUAAACAUUACGAACAUAAGUGACAUUGAACUUUGCUUUUAUUAAAAUACGUCGUCACAAUAAAUAUUCGAAAAAGAUCGAUUUUUGUCAUUGGACAAAUAUUAAGAACGUUAGGCCUAUAACGUUAUAAUUCUGUCGUCUGUUCAGUAUUCGUCGCGUUUCAAAUCAACAAGGUAUGUUUCCCAUAAUUUUAACAUUUUUUAGGGUUAGAUCAUUUAGUAAAGUUAGUAUCUUGCGAUAUUGAUUCGAAAUUGGAAACGUUGUGGUUAAGGGACUAUGUAAAAGUGCACACAUUUUGAAAACGUGCAUGGUGCCACACAUAUUUCGCUUAUCUGACUCGAUCAUGCAAAUACAUUGUUUUUUCCCUCUGAUUCCUUUAUACAGGUGCAAAUCUAGGAACAGAACAAAUAACGCUAGAAGACAGACAACAAAGGUAGAACUAGUCAGUAUUAGGGGGCAUAACAACAAACUCUUGACAAUAUUUUCGAAGACGGUGACUUGUCAACAUACUAGAUGCCUACUCUAAAGGAUUGCUACACAUGCAGGGAAAAGAUUGGAGUAGCCAGCAAAACAUGUCCAUACUGUAGGGCCAAACAGCCAUAUAAGCAAAUGCUUGAGAAAAAAAAGAAACAGCUUUCCCAGGAAUGGAUAGACUGCAGUGUGAACAAAAUUUAUGAUUCAACAAAUCUUCUGCUCCACAAGUGGGAACUUUUAGAGAGGUACCCAGUCCUUCUCCUUGCCAGGAGAACCUCAAAUGGUUUCUCUGCUGAAUGCUUCUGCCCAUGGAAGAAUGAGACCGAAGACACUCAGGACGCUUUUCUUACUAUAAAGAGAUUAUACGAAAGUCUUCUUAAUGUGGCUAUUGCAGAUAAAGAAGUAAACGGCAUGGGAGAAAGUUCUGUCACAAAUGGCACAGAGACUUCACCAGCAAACUCCACACCUCUGUCCACCUGUAAUGUGGCUAUUGCAGAUAAAGAAGUAUCCGGCAUGGGAGAAAGUUCUGUCACAAUCACAAAUGGCACAGAGACUCCACCAACAGACUCCACACCUCUGUCCACCUGUAAUGUGGCAAACGCAGAUAAAGCAGCAAGCAGCAUGGUAGAGAGUUCUGCAACAAACAGCACACAGACUCCACCAGCAGACUCCACAGCAGACUCUGAUUCAGAGCUUACGCAUGAGCCUGUCACUUUUUUCCUUCCUCCUGAAUCUUCCUUUUUGGCUUCUCCUGAUUCCUUUACCACCCCCUCUCCUAUGCCUUUAUCCAUCGCUCCUCUGGUGUCCCCCCAGACUCAUCCUGUUUUCAAGUCCUCUCAGUCUAGUUCUGUAUCUUCUUCCCCGGCUUCUCCUCUGCCACCAACCUCUACCCUUUCUACCUGUUCUAAACUGUCCACUGAGCUAGGCAGUCUAAGCCCAGUAUCUUCCUCACGGAAAAAAGGACAAAUAAAGAGGAAAGCAGACCCUAAAGAAUGCCCCAUGCAUGAAGAAUCAACCAGUUUCCCCUACAAAAAAAUAUUAAGGAAAAGAAUCAGGGAGGGCCAUACGGAGGUGUUGGUUCAGUGGCAUCCUUGCUCUGGAUGUGGGAAAAAGUGGAAGAACUCCUGGGAGCCAAGUGGAAACAUUCAGAGUUUAUCCUGAAGAUGUGUGUGUGUUUGUUGUGUUAAGAUGUGUCAUGCCUUUUAUGACAGUUACAGAGUUCUGAUAUACAGUAUGUUUGUUUUGUUUUGUUUUGUGCUUGCUUUGUAAAGCAUAUAGUCAUUCUGUGUUGUGUGUUUGAUGACUAAACAACAUUAAAAACAAUAUGUCACUG